AUGGAAGAGAACAAGACUCAUCAGGACAACAAGUUGUUCCACUUCGAUAAGAACUCAAAGAAGGCUUCAUUAAAGCCAGACAGCAGAAUCCAGAAUAGGAGGAACCACCUUUUCAAGCACCAAGACGCAGAUGAUAUUAAAAGGAAUCGAGAUGAGCACAAUGUCGCGCUCAGGAAGGAAGCAAAGAAUAAGAAGUUUGCUAAGAGGAGAAAUUAUGGAGCCAAUACCCAGUCUGAUGUAGGAACUACCAACAGCACUCCUGUUGAGAAGAUUGAGUAUACUAUUGAGCAAGCACAGUCAUUAUGGGAGGAAGGAAUGGACAUUAUGGACUACUUCAAAAUUCUGGCAAAUACUAAGUUUGAACUCUCUCAUUUCUUACUGAUUCUAGAAUUUAUAGGAUCUAAUGAGGAUCCAAAAGUCUUGUUUGCAGUUGUUGGACUAAGAAAGCUGUUGUCUUUGAUUGACAAUCCUCCAAUCCAGAAUGUUAUUGAUGCAAACUUGUUGCCCCAACUGAUUUCUUUGAUUGGUAGGAGUGAUAUUCCCAGAAUUCAGUUUGAAGUUCUGUGGUGUCUAACUAAUAUUGCUAGUGGUAAAGCUGAGCAUGUGCAAGCUCUUAUUGACAAAGGUACCAUCCCUAUCUUCAUCAGCUUGCUUGGAACUACCCACAGGAAUGAAGAUGGAACUGAAACCUACCACAACCCUUAUCAGCAGAACAUUGUCGAGCAGAGUAUCUGGGCUUUAGGAAAUAUUGCUGGGGAAGAUACUUACUACAAAGCGAUGAUUCUUAAAGAAGGAGCUCUGAAGCCACUAGCAAAUAUUCUUCAGAAUGCAGAACCAAACUCGAUGCUGGCAAGGAAUUGUAUGUGGUGCAUCACGAACUUAUUGAGAGGCAAGCCUCUUCCAUCGUUUGAAGAGCUCAUAUAUAUCAUUCCAAUUAUUAAGGAAUGCUUAAAGAUGAAUGACAGGAAGGAGAUCGUUAUUGAUGGGAUGUGGGCUAUCUCAUACAUCUCAGAUGCUGGCGAGCAAGCAGUUAUUAGGAUGAUCGAGUGAGGGAUAUUGAACCCCCUGAUGGCUCACCUUCAGCAUUCCAACAAUAACAUAAUCAUGCCAUGAGUAAGAGCUCUAGGAAACUUCGUGACUGGAGAAGAUACAGAGACUCAGACUGUUAUUGAUGCUGGUGUGCUCCCUUACCUUCAUGCUUUGCUCUCUCAUCAAGAUAAUGCAAUUGUCAAGGAAACUUGCUGGACACUAUCUAACAUUUGUGCAGGAACAAUCAACCAGAUCUCAGUCUUGAUUGAAACAGGAAUCAUCGACAAGAUGAUUGAACUUACCAGCACUGAUGUAUACGAGAUCCAGAGAGAAGCUGGUUGGAGCAUUUCUAACGCGACAGCUCUCAGAGACACUGAUAUCGUCGCUGAAAUUGUAAAGAGAAAAGGAAUCGAAGCCAUGUCCCAUGUGCUCACCACAAAAGUCGACAUCAAAACAGCAGUAGUUCUUCUGGAAGGAAUCAGAAACUGUCUUGAAGUGGGCCAGCAAAGCUUCAUCAACGAGCAAGGAGACAACGAGUUCGCUCUGAUUGUCGAGCAGUGCGGAGGCCUUGACACAAUCGAGCAAAUGCAAGAGCACGAAAAUCAGCAAAUUUAUGAAAUCGCAGUGGAGAUUAUUGAGUCAUAUUUCCAAGUAGAAGAAGUGGAUCUUGACGGAGAUGCAGAUGACAUGCUUCUCCAGUUCUAAAUAUAAUUAUUUUGUAAUAUUAUCAGUGUAAUC